AUGAGCUUCGCUCGAGUGGCUCGGUCUAGUGGUCCUCGUCUCUUUCGGUCACACCAAGUCCGCACCAUGCAUGUCCACUCGAUCCCCAUGUGGACGGGGAAGGGCAAUAACUAUGCCUACCUCGUGACGGAUGAGCCGACUAAACAGUCGGUCAUCAUCGACCCGGCGAACCCACCCGAGGUGGCGCCGGAACUCAAGGCUCAGCUGAGUGCUGGCAAGAUUGACUUGACGGCUAUUGUUAAUACCCACCACCACUGGGACCAUGCCGGUGGGAAUGAUGAGAUUUUGAAACAAUUUGGUCAGCUCCAGGUCAUUGGAGGCAAGAACUGCCAGUCGGUGACCAAAACCCCGAAGCACGGGGAGGAAUUCAAGAUUGGUGAGCGCAUUUCGGUCAAGGCGUAUCACACUCCAUGUCAUACGCAAGACAGCAUUUGCUUCUUUAUGGAGGACGGGAGUCAGCGGGUUGUUUUUACCGGUGACACCCUGUUCAUUGGAGGAUGCGGUCGGUUCUUCGAGGGCACUGCGGGGGAGAUGCACAAGGCAUUGAACGAGACGCUUGCAUCUUUGCCGGAUGACACCAAGGUUUAUCCUGGCCAUGAAUACACGAAGCAGAAUGUCAAGUUCUGUCUGAAGGUGUCUCAGACUGAGCCGAUCAGGAAGCUCCAAGCCUUUGCGGACCAGAACCAGCAGACGCAGGGCAAGUUCACCAUCGGUGACGAGAAGCUCCACAAUGUCUUCAUGCGCGUCCACGAUCCCGAGAUCCAGAAAGUAACCGGCAAGACCAAGCCGGUGGAUGUGAUGGCUGCGCUGAGAGAGAUGAAGAAUUCCAUGUAG